AUGAGCCAGUUUUUAACAGGCAUUGACUCGAAGAUCUACGACCUUACGAAAUACGAUGUUCUUCUAUCAUCGUACAACGUCUGCAUCGUUUUCUUUUACGCCAACGAUAACCUCACUGACAGCUUUAUGCCAUCCCAGGAGCUGGAAGAUGCGUACUAUAAGACGGUGUUGCAGUUUCCCCUGCUAGCUGGACAGAUCAAGAAAAAGGGUGGCGGCACGCUACAGGUUGUAGUCGACAAGUCAGACCUGAACCUGCCCGGCUAUCGCGAAUCCCAGUCAGACACGCAUUUCAGCGACAUCAAGUCAGCGGAUUUCAACCCGACAGCCUGGCCCAGCGACCUGGCACCUGUUGGCAAUACUGCAUAUCCUGAUAGGAACACGGGUGUGAUCAAGCUUCUCAAUACGCAUGUGGUGCGGCUAAAGGACAACAGCGGUAUAAUUAUUUCAUUCAACACCAACCAUGUGGCUACCGAUGCCUUUGGCAGUCUUGAGUUUUUCAACCAGUGGGCAGCAGAAACACGUGCGUUGGUUACCGGUGUCCAUGCAGAGAAGGUCAGCUACUGCUUUGACCGGGAGGCAAUUCAGAAACAUCUUCCCAGCAAGCGCCUGCCACUUGACGACACAACAUUCCGUGCUUAUACCAUAAAGUCCCGUAUUGCAGACUGGCUUUUGGGGCUCUCGCCUAACUCCCGCGCAAAGCUCCUGAACUACCUUGGGAACAGGAAUCCAACGCGCGGCCAUCUGUUCCGUAUUUCACGCGAGAAAUUCGACCAUCUUCAUAGCCGAGUUCUGGAGUGCAUGCCGCCCGGUGUGCGACUUACUUCCAACGACCUUCUAUCUGCAAUAGCAUACAAGGUCCAUGGGCAGGCAAAGCUUGACGCAGAUGCAGCCAACAUCGGAUGGCUUGGACGGCUUACGAAUCGCAGUGUGAAUGCUAAAGGAGAGCAUGGUCUAUCAGUCGCCUGUGACCUUCGUGGCCUUCUUGGAAUGUCAGAUACGAAUUAUAUCGGCAAUCCACUGUUCACUGCGAUUGUUAAUAACCAGAUGAGCCACGCAGAGCAACCGAUCACUCCUCAGACGCUUGCGGAGAUAGGUGCCCAAGUUCGUAGGUCGCUGUCAAAUGUAUCACCCCCGUUCAUCGGCUCGUUCAUCGACUUUGUUGACUCCGAUAGCUUCAAGGCUGGGUCCCUCAUUGCGAGUGGAAUGAAGAGCGCUCUUAUUACAUUGACGUCCAACAUUACGAGGGCCAAGCUGUACCACGCGGAUUUCGGCAGCGGUGUUCAAGCGUUUUCAACGGUGUGCCCAAAUUACCGAGCAGUGCAAUAUAUCAUAUUGCCAGCACCACCGCCAAGCAAGGACAUCCUUGUCAACUUUACUGCAUCUGCCUCCGAGAUGGAGUUUAUCCUUAAGAACGAAUUCUGGAGGGACAUCACCACUUUGGUUUAUUGA